AGUGUUAUUUUUAUUGAUCAUUCAAUGAGUGGACGAGUGUUUGUGAAGUAUUUUCAAAAACAAUUGGCAAUUGAUUUAUUGUUCAAAUCUAACCGUAAUAUUACCCGUAAUUCUCGUUUAUUAACAGCCGCGUCAAACCCAGAGCUUAAAACACCUGAUACAAUGACUACAAACAACACCAACGAGACCACGUACACUUACGACCAGGCCGUCAUCAAGGGCCGUAACGCUGACCACUCCAUACACCCGCUAAUCCUGAGCCGUACGUCUCCGCGGGAAAUGACGGGUCAGUUGCUGUCGGACGGGGAACUAAUGACCCUAUUCGAGGCAGCUAGAUGGGCACCUUCAUUUUACAAUCAGCAACCAUGGCGAUUCGCGUACGCCAAACGCAACACGGACAAUUACGCCAAGUUUGAGUCAUUGGUGUGGCCCCUGAACCUGCAGUGGUGUCGAGAGGCGUCGGCGCUGGUAGUGGUGGCCUCUCAUAAGCUGUUUUACAUGAAGGGCGACAAUACUAAAGAGUUGCCGAACCCGACCCAUAGUUUUGAUGCCGGGGCCGCCUGUAUGGCUCUGGCACUGGAGGCCAAUGCCCGCGAUUUGGUGGUACACUGUAUGGCAGGCUUUGACUAUCAGAAAGCGUACGAAGUGUUUGGUGUGGAUCAGCAGCGGUACAACAUUGACUGUAUGAUUGCGAUCGGUCGCCGCCCGGAGCCCAAUCUGCGCCCACACGAGCCCCGCGUUUCGCCACGAAAUGCACUCAAUACGUUUGUAUCGGAGGGAAGCUUUCGACCAGUCCCGGUCCAGAGAAAUGAGUCCAAGAUAGAAGAAAUCCAAGAUAGAUAUAGUAAAACAUGA